UUUGUUUCUCUCUCUCCUGUGCUCCUUGAAGUGGUGCUGAAGCUUCCUCGAGACAGUCGCUGCUUUAAGGCACAAAGAUAACGGAUCGGGCAGCGUGCGAAGAAAUAGUGCUGGGAGCCUGCGCACGCAUUUCAGCACGUUGGAGAGCGCUCUGCACCGCAGAGGCGGUGCGCGGAUUCAACCGGUGGCUUUAAGCGGAGCGGCUCUUUCACUCAGUGUUACAUAAAAAAAAAACUCCUCUUCUCCACAUGUUGGAUUGCUCAUUUGCUUUUCUGGAUCGCGGGGAAAUAGUGCUUUUGCGUUCUCAGUGAAUCAGCCCGGAUCCCAGCCCGUGUGAAGGCGUGCCUGAGUGCAGGAGCCUCGCGGAGCGGCGGAAUAGAGACCCUCCGUUCAUAAGGAUGCUGGUGGGAAAUGCCUGGAGACAGAGAUGACGAGAUUUGUCGAAAAGCACUUGAACUCCUGUCAGAUCUUUGCUCGAAGGGGGAAGUGCAGAACGAAAACUGUCUGGAUUUUAUCUACUAUUUCCGAGAUCUCGCCAGGCCACGGUACUCGGAUUCAGAUAUAUCAGUGAGCCUGCUAUCCCUGGUAGUGACAGCCUGUGGUCUGGCCCUGUUUGGUGUCUCCCUUUUUGUCUCUUGGAAGCUCUGCUGGAUACCAUGGAGGGAGCGGGGACUCUCCCCUACUACCAAGGAGGCCCAUGGGCACAUCAAUCCCACCAUGAGCCCUUUGCCUUCCCAGCUAGCACCCAGACAACCAGUGUACACGGCCGUGGACCCCCCAGUACACGACCGCCGUAAGUCGUCUCACUGUUCCAUCGCCAAAGAGCCCACUCCUGUGGCAUCUGUUGUGUCCGUGGAGGCUCCUGUGACUCCCGUAUCACCCCCACCUGUGGUCAUGGCAACUCCAGAGGCAGCUAUGAAGAUAAGCCACACAUCCCCAGACAUACCACUGGAUGCACAGGUCAAAAGCCGUGAAAAUGGAGUUCACACUAACCCGCGUAUGCAGAGGCCGACCAUGGACCCUGCACCAAGUGGUUGUCCAGUCUCUGAAAUUGGUCAAGGGUCCAUUCGCAGACAUAUGAACCUCUCGAACCCAGACUUCAAUGUGGCCCAGUUCCAAAGGCAGGACUCCCUCACUGGGAUGGGGCUGGGUCUCGGACGCCUCAAACCUGAGCUCUACAAGCAGCGUUCUCUCGAGGGAGAUCAAGGCAGUCGCAGCGGAGUGGGCUGUGGGCGUCUCCACUUCAUCCUCAAAUUUGACUGUGACCUUGAACAGUUAAUAGUUAAAAUCCACAAAGCAGAGGACCUUCCAGCCAAGGACUUUUCUGGCACCUCUGACCCUUAUGUUAAGAUCUACCUGUUGCCUGAUCGUAAGACCAAGCACCAGACCAAGGUGCACCGCAAGACACUCAACCCUGUGUUUGAUGAGGUCUUCCUAUUUCCUGUGGCCUACUCUGAACUUCCCACACGUAAACUACACUUCAGUGUCUAUGACUUCGACCGUUUUUCACGCCAUGACAUAAUUGGUCAAGUGGUGGUGGACAACUUCCUGGAUCUGGCAGAUUUCCCCAGGGAGACAAAACUCUGCCGGGAUAUCCAAUAUGUCUCCACGGAUAAUGUGGACCUGGGGGAUCUGAUGUUCUCCCUCUGUUACUUGCCUACUGCGGGCCGACUGACCAUUACGCUGAUAAAGGCUCGUAAUCUCAAGGCCAUGGAUAUCACCGGUGCAUCGGAUCCAUACGUAAAGGUUUCUCUGAUGUGUGAUGGUCGCAGGCUAAAGAAGAGGAAGACUUCAACAAAGAGGAACACUUUGAAUCCAGUUUAUAAUGAGGCUAUUGUCUUUGAUGUCCCUCCGGAGAACAUAGAACAGAUCAGUCUUUUGAUCGCAGUGAUGGACUAUGAUCGUGUAGGCCACAAUGAGGUCAUCGGUGUGUGUCGGGUCGGCAAUGAUGCUGACAGCCUCGGUCGAGAACAUUGGAGUGAAAUGCUCACAUAUCCCCGAAAACCUGUCGCCCACUGGCAUCCUGUCGUUGAGUACCAGGGGACCACAGGUAGUAGCCAGGGAGGAUCCUGUAAUUCCCUGAAGACCCCUCCUUCUCCGUAGCCUUGAGCACCAAUUCUCAUAAGGGCACGGAUAAACCUGAAGCUUCCGCUGAAUGCUGCUCAUAUAUGGCCCUACCACAGAGAUUAAGAUAUCCACAACUAUGGAAAAGAGAGACACAAGCUGUAUUGAAUGCUGCCAAUGUGGAUCAGUUGCAUGUUGAAAGACCACAAGGAUGGCUAUUUUUUUUGUCCUUUUCGUUUCUUUUUUUUAUCAUGUCCUGCUAGAAAAAUGACAGGCGUGUGCAGACAUUUUAAGUCUGUGCUAUUCCUGGGUUUAUACAGUUAUAGUAUGAAUAUUUUUGUUUCUUAACAUUUUUUUCAACAUAGUCUUGGAACUUGUUUGAUGAAAUGAGUCUAGAUUAGGACAGUGUUCUUAAAACAAACAGUAAAAUGACUGUUUUGAUCCUUUUUUUAAACAUUGAUGGUAAAAUGGUGCAUGAGGUCAUGGUUUGGUGGGAUUGUUCUACUUGUAUGUUUGUUUCUAUUUUUGCAAGAGCUGUCGUUUUGUCAGUUGAUGUGCAGUGACAGCUAGUUUUUUGAAUAUCUGUAUGUAAAAUAUGUUAAAUGUUAGAAAUAAAUGGUACUCCAGAAAAAAUAAUAUGGUUAACCCAAUUAAUUUAUCUGGGCAUUUGUAUCGAAAAUAAAAUAAAA